CAUCCCUUUUGAUAUGUCUCCUUCACCGAGCAAGAUCAGCCAGCGGACUCGGGUUACGUCCUGCAGCCUGGACUUCGUGCGGCCCGACUUACCCAGCAAGUGCACGUGGCACCACGGCGCUACCGUCGACGAUUCAGUGCACCAGCACCCCAAGAGGGCCAAAGAUCCCAAAAUCCUGCCAAACGUGUUGCAUGCCAUCGGGAACACGCCCAUGAUUCGCCUCAACAAAAUUCCUCAGGAGUUCGGAAUCAAGUGCGAGAUGUUGGCAAAGUGUGAAUUCUUCAAUGCGGGAGGCAGCGUGAAGGACCGCAUCGGGCUCAGGAUGAUAGAAGAGGCCGAGCGACAGGGGACCAUCAAGCCGGGGUACACCCUCAUAGAACCCACCUCCGGAAACACAGGCAUCGGGCUGGCCCUGGCGGCGGCCGUGAAGGGCUACCGGUGCACGAUCGUGAUGCCGGAGAAGAUGAGCACCGAGAAGGUGAACGUGCUGCGUGCACUGGGGGCGGAAAUAGUGCGCACACCCACCAGCGCACGCUUCGACGCACCGGAGUCGCACAUCAGCGUGGCGCAGAAGGUCAACCAGCAGAUACCCAACAGCAUCAUCCUGGACCAGUACCGUAACCCUGGCAACCCCCUGGCCCACUAUGACUACACGGCCGAAGAGAUCCUGGAGCAGUGCGAGGGCAGAGUGGACAUGAUCGUGAUGGGGGCAGGGACCGGGGGCACCAUCACCGGAAUAGGGCGCAAGAUCAAGGAGAGGUGCCCCAACUGCAAGAUUGUGGGCGUGGACCCCUACGGCUCCAUCCUUGCAGAACCAGAGGCCCUGAACGAGACAGAGACCUCCUUCUACGAAGUGGAGGGCAUCGGAUACGACUUUGUGCCCACUGUCCUAGACCGAACGAUAGUAGACAAGUGGAUCAAGACAAACGACAAGGAAUCCUUCCAGCUGGCUCGCAUGCUGAUCAAGAAAGAAGGGUUACUUUGUGGUGGCAGCAGCGGCAGUGCCCUGAGUGGCGCCCUGAGGGCAGCCAGGGAGCUGCGCGAGGGUCAGCGCUGUGUGGUGCUCCUCCCUGACGGGGUGAGGAACUACAUGACCAAGUUCCUGACAGACUCCUGGCUCACCGAGAGAGACUUCAUCGACAUACACCAGGAGAUGAGCGAGAAGCACUGGUGGUGGGACCUGAAGGUGUCCAGCCUCCAGCUGAGUGGGCCCCUCACCAUCCUGCCCCACAUGUCCUGCCAGGAUGCCAUCGACUGCAUGGUGAGGGAAGGAUUCGACCAGCUGCCCGUGGUCGACGACUCCGGAGUGAUCAAGGGCAUGGUGACCUUGGGCAACGUGAUGGCCAAGAUCAUGGCCGGCAAGGUGAUGUCCACUUCCCUGGUGUCUGACAUCCUCUACACGACCUUCCACAAGAUAACGCUGGAUACCACCCUGGGUCGUCUUUCGAGGAUCCUGGACAGGGGCCACUUCGCACUCGUGGUCCACAACCAGAGGCAGUUCGUGGACAAGGACCGCAUCGAGACGAAGCAGAUCGUGAUCGGGGUGGUGACCCGGAUGGACCUCAUCAGCUUCAUCACCAACGAGGACUCCCAGGCGCAGGUGGGGGGCAAGUCGGACGCCUCCUCCUCCCCCGCCCCCCUGCAGGACGGGAGCACGGACGACGAGGACGGCACCGCCCACUCCUGAGGUGCUUCGAUUGGCCGAGUCCGGUUCCCGAAGGCGGCCAUUUUUGCUUUUCGUCAGUCAUUGCCUCCCCUUGAACAUUUCGAUGACGAGUCAUCCUGAAAUGAAUACCUAUUAGAAUUACACCCUAACCAGUUUUUAUUUGGUGCGGUAUACAUACUAGCCAACUCUGCUUUUAACGGGAGACUUCCGUAUUUUGCUUCCAUCUCCCGAUUUCCCGUUUUUUUACCAUUUUCUCCCGUUUUUGCAAUUUUAUCAAUUAAUCAUCAAAAAGUUUGACUUUCUUUUCAAUAGAUGGCGCUCUUUACUAGUCGUCCACCAGGGGAAAAUAAUUUUUUUUUCGGAAGCUUUCCACAUUGCAUGUUCAACGAAGCACGUGCUUUGGCGAAAACGGCAGCCGAUUUCAAUCCUUUUGCAUCUUGAAACUAUUUCAAUUAUUUUGAAAGUUUGAAGGUAUUUUAACAUGUGCUACCCUAUACCUACUUAUUUUAUAUCGACUGGAAAGUGAAUUGAGGAUUUUCGGGACCUUUGCCCCUUUUGAAAUCAUGGGAUCGAGGUACGUUUACAACUAAGAUUUUUGCUUGCACAAGAUUUGUUCAUUUUACACUUUUUUUCGUUUUAAGUAGCACAUUCCUAUUCUUUGCCGAGAUAAUAUUAUGUAAAUACCAUUUUAUAAAGAUUUUCCUGCUUAAUAUGGAACUUUUAGACCAUGCUUGAUGUCAUUAAAAUUAAAAAUAUCGGCAAAAAGCAAUCUUUGGAAAUUUCAUGAAAAAAGUCUUCAUUUACAGUAGAAGACCGUUAUAGCGCCGACCUAUAUAACGCAAUUCUUUAUAAACCGCACAACUUUUCAGAAGUAAACAAUAGGUUUUGAAGCUUAAAAAAUCCCUGUGUUUUGCUUUUGCAAAAAUAAAAAUGGUUAGGCAAAUUAAAUUUUGAAAGUUUUUCCUUCUUAAUUCAAAGCUUUUAAAUUUAGAAUUAGUUGUCAUAAUAAACAGAAAAUACCAGAUGGCUCUUGAAAGUGCAGCUGUUAUUCAAACCAUGAAGCUAGCAGAAGUGCAGGAUUUUGAUUGUGAAACAUAUUUAUUUGUGAAUAACUAAUUGUAAUAUUGGUGCUUCAAUUCUCAUUGCAGAUAAAACUCAUUCUGAAGUGCUAAUAUAUAGAUAUAUUCUGAAUGUUAGUUUCAAAAUUUGUGAAAUGAUCUAUAUAACGCAAAAUCCUGUAUAACGCUUAAGCUGUGGUCCCAAGGUAACGGUCUUCUACUGUUUCUUUAAUUUUUCAAAGAACAGAAUGGCCGGGUUUUUGGAUUAAAAUAAUUCAAUUGUUGACUUGGAUCUCGAAUAGUACUGAAGCACAGAUGAACUGAUAGUGCGUCCAUGUCCAUUUUGAAAUACUUAUUGUACAUAUUGUAUAUUACACUGUACAGGAUGAUGUGUGGCAUUGCAAAGCAGUGCCCUCUCGCUGUGUAUUUAUUUAUGUUGUUGUAAGUUCAAUAAAAUAAUCUUGACAA